CGCGAGGGGUGCACGGGGGUCGCCGCGUACCGCCAGUCUGACUCGCGACGACGCGUUCUCGUCUACGAGCACCUCGCGACGGGGGCUAGUGCGACGGCGUGGUGCUGACGGCCAGGUGUUGCCGGCCGGGUGUUGACGGCCAGGUGUUGACGGCCAGGUGUUGACGGCCAGGUGUUGACGGCCAGGUGUUGACGGCCAGGUGUUGACGGCCAGGUGUUGACGGCCAGGUGUUGACGGCCAAGUCUUGACGGCCGGGUGUUGACAGCCAGGUGUUGACGGCUAAGUCUUGACAGCCAGGUGUUGACGGCCAGGUGUUGACGGCGAGGAACCGGUGCCGGUGGUCGGGUGCUGACGGCCAGGUGCCGGUCCCGGUGACGGGCGGACGAGCCAGGGACACGCUGGCCCCGAAUUCCUUCUCUGCAAGCAGGAUGCCGGCCAAAUGAAGAUGAGGCGGCUGCUGCAGGCGCUGUCGCUGCUGCUGCUGCUGUCCUGCUGCCAUGCCAACCUCAACUCGGGUUCAGGCGUCUUCAAGUUCAUCAAGUACCUCAAUCACCCGCCCGAGAUCACGGUGCGGCCGCGGCCCCAGGUGGUGCGCGCGGGCGGCGUGGCCUUCUUCCUGUGCGCCGCCAAGGGCGACCCGCCCCCGCUGCUGCGCUGGCGGCGGCGCUCUCGGAGCGGCGCGGCGGCGGCGGCCGCCCUGACGGAGCGCGCCAAGGUGCUGCGGCUGCCCGGGCCGCCCGGGCCGCCCGUCGGCGGCAAGGUGGCCUCGGCGGCGGCCGGGGGCGCGCGCCUCCUCCGCAUCCAGAACGUGCAGCCCCGGGACGGCGCCAUCUUCGUGUGCGUCGCCGAGAACAGCGCCGGGGACGCCGUCAGCGCCGAGGCCCAGCUCACCGUGCUUGACGGCAAGGGCCUGCCCGGCUUCCCCGUGGUGUCGCCCGCCAUCUCGGACUCGCUGACGUCCCGCGUGGUGGAGGCGGGCCACUCCGUGGUGCUGCCGUGCUCCGCCACCGGCAACCCCUUGCCCACCAUCGCCUGGCUCAAGGACGGCGUGCCGCUGCAAGCCCUGCACAAGCUGGGCGGCCGCGUGGCCGUCAUCAACGCGCCGGGCCCCUCGGGGUCCCUGAACGUGUCCGCGGCCAAGGAGUCGGACCAGGGCCGCUACGAGUGCGUCGCGGAGAACACUGUGGGGUCGCAGUUCAGCGCGCCCAUCCAGCUCUACGUGAAAGUGCGCCGCGUGCAACCCUACUUCACGCUGCCGGCGCCGGCCGAGGUCGAAGUGCAGAUCGGUGCCCACAUCAACCUGACCUGCGCGGCCUCGGGGACCCCCAUGCCGCGGCUGCGCUGGCACCUCUCCAAGGACUACGCGAUGCUGAACGACCGGCGCAUGGACUGGCCGAUGGCGGACCAGCCCCAAGAGGACCAGGACUACCAGGACGAGGAGGACAACGAGCUGCUGCUGGUGCCGGAGCACGUGCCGAUGAACACCGAGGAGCAGGAGACGUCUACGCACCGCCCGGACAGGGCCGACGGGACCCUGGGCGCCGCGUCGGUCGUGCUCAACAACAUCAAGGAGAACCUCAACUACACGUGCGUCGCCACGUCUGCCCUCGGCGUCAUCCACAGCACCACCAGGAUCAGAGUCCAGACGUUGCCGGGCCCGCCGCUGGCUCUCCGCGCGUAUGACGUCACCGCGACGUCGGCGCGCCUGAGCUGGCGCAGCCCCGCCGACGAGCCGCGGGAGUACGCGCUGCAGUUCCGCGUCAAGGGCUCGGCGGCGGCCAGGGGCUUCACGAAGGGCUCCGGCGUGGGCGUGGCCGGCGGCAUCUUCCAGGAGGUGAAGGGCGUGAGCUCGCUGCAUUACACCCUGCGCGGGCUGACGGCCAACACCAAGUACGAGGUGCGCGUCGUGGCUGUCAACGCCCUGGGCAGGGGCCCGCACUCCGAGCCGCUGGCCUUCACCACGCUGCACGCCGAGGACUCUCCCUUCGACGUCCCUCAAACGGAGGAGGCGCCGCGCGGGCUGCAGGUGCGUCCGCUCAGCUCCACCACGCUGCUGGUGCAGUGGGACGAGCCGCCCUCGCCCAGUGGGCCGGUCAGCGGCUACCGGGUCUACUUCACGACGCACCCGCUGCUGCCGCUGCCGCUCUGGAGCCAGCAGUCGGUGGACGACUCGCGGCUGUCCACCGUCUCGGGCCUCACGCCGCACCAGGUGUACUGGGUGCGCGUGCAGGCCCUCACCGCCGUGGGCGCGGGGCCGCCGUCCGUGCCGGCCCUCGUCAAGACGCAGCAGGGAGUGCCGGGGUCGCCGAACAAGUUCCGGCUGGCGAGCGUGUCGUCGUCCUGGGCGCGGCUGGAGUGGUCGCCGCCGUCGCCGCUGGCCGAGGACAUCGUGAGCUACGAGUUGUACUGGAACGACACGUACUCCCGGGAGCGCCACCACUUGAGCCUGUCCCCCGGGAGCCGCGGCGCGCUCCUGGAAACACUAUACCCCGGCUCCAUGUACGUGGCCUGGGUGGCGGCGCGCUCGCCGCGCGGCGAGGGCGCGCCCACCACCCCGCUGGCCGUGCGGACGCAACCCCUGGUGCUGCCGGCGCCCAAGGACAUCAAGACGUGGCCCAUCAACACCACGGCCAUCCGGCUGGAGUGGAAGCCGCCGACUGCCGGGGCGAACCUGACGAGGGGCUUCGUCGUGCUGCUCGAGUCCAACCAGGAGGACGCCGUGCCGGUGGAGGUGGAGCGCAGCCCCGCGCCGCCGCUGGAAGUGACGUGGCUCAUGCCACCGCAGUCCGCCACCCCCGUCAUCGGCUACCGCCUCCUCUACGGCCCCGUCGGCGACCCCGCCCCCAAGGAGCUCCUGAAGAACGCGGCGGACCAGCGCGCCAUCCUGGAUGACCUGGAGCGCGGCGUGCAGUACGAGUUCCGCAUGGCGGGGAGGACGCAGGCGGGCUGGGGGCAGGACGCCAGGUUGACGAUGUGGAUGCCGGAGGGGCGGCCGUCGGGGCCGCCCACCAACGUGACGGUGUACUGGCAGGCCGCCGGCGUGCUGGCCGUGACCUGGGAUCCCCCCGAGACGCUGGAGCGCGGCGGCAACGUGACGGUGUACACGGCCUCCGUCACCAAGGCCGGCGACUACUCCGGCUCCAGCCCCACCGUCAUCUUCGCCCGGAACGUGUCUGCCAUAAACCCCAAGGCCGUGUUCGCCGGGCUGGAGGACGGCGUCGACGUGGACGUGCAGGUGCAGGCGCACACGUCGCAGGGCGCCGGCCCGGCCUCGCCCAAGCUGACCGUCCGCGUGCCGCCCUCGCCGGCCAGGGCGCCGCUCAAGGUGGGCGCGGCGGCCACGUCGCAGCACAGCAUGGAGGUGUGGUGGGAGCCGCUGCCGGUGCGCGGCAAGCUGCUGGGCUACCAGGUGCUGUACACCACCACGGCCGUCGAGGACCUGGACGAGUGGCAGUCGCUGUCUGUCGGGCUCACCGAGUCCGUCGAGCUGGUGGGGCUGGAGCGGCUGGCCGAGUACGCCGUGACCGUGGCGGCCCGGACGCGCGAGGGCCUCGGCCACCUGUCCAGCGCGCUCACGGUGCGCGUGCGGCCUACCGAGGUGCCCGUCGACCUCAGGGCCUCCGACGUGUCCACGCACGGCCUCACCCUCAAAUGGGGCCCGGCCAUCCAGAUCAACCCGCUGCACUACCGGCUGUCGUGGGACGCGGUGAAGCUGUUCGUGGACGCGCAGGGCAUCACGCAGACGCAGCUGAUGCCGCGCCGCGACCUGCAGCUGGACAAGGCCCAGCGCAUGUACCAGCUCACGCAGCUGCAGCCCUUCACCACGUACCGCGUCAACCUGACGGCCGUGCCCGCCGACCGCGCGUACCGCCCGCCCGCCACGCUCAUCGUCACCACGCAGAUGGCCGCGCCGCAGCCCAUGGUGCAGCCCGCGCUCUACGGCGUCGUGUUCGGCAAGGAGAUCCAGGUGAUCCUGCCCCAGGCCAGCGAGCAGUACGGGCCCAUCUCGCACUACUACCUGGUGGUGGUGCCUGAGCCGAUGCCAGUCGUGGAGGCCCCGGAGCGACCGGACCGUCAGGACGCACCGCCAGUGCCGGUGCCGGCCUACUCGCCGCCCAUCCCGGACACGCUGCUCACCUCCCACCUGGAGCGCGCGUCGCUGGAGGAGCGCGAGGCGCCGCUGCGGCCCUACAUCGCGGCCAGCUUCCCGCAGCGCAACAUCCCCUACACCUUCCACCUGGGCAACAACGAGACCUACGACGGCUUCCGCAACAAGCCGCUGCGCAGCACGGCGCGCUACCGCAUCUUCAUCCGCGCCGUCGUGGACACGCCGCAGAAGCACCUGUACACGUCGUCGCCGUACUCCGAGCCGCUGUCCUUGUCCAUGCGCGCGGUGCCCCCGGGCGCGGCCCCUCGCCGCCCGGACCCCAGCGUGCCCGUGGAGCGGCAGGGCGGCGUGGCGGUGCGCGGCGGUGCGCGGGCGCGCCUGGGGUCCCCGGGGCUCAUGUGGCUGGUGGGGCCGCUGGGCGCCGCGCUGCUGCUCUGCAUCCUGAUGGUGGCCCUGUACGUGGUGAGGCGGAAGCGACGGCCCGCCAAGGCUCCGGACGCCGAGCCGGACGGCCCGGCCACCAGGCCGCUCAUCGCCAACCAGGGCGUCGACGGCCAGGCGUCCGUCUCCCACGCGCACUCGCCGGUGGCCUCCGACCCGGUGCGCGUGCGGCGGCAGAACUGCCAGACCGCCGCCAUGCAGGCCCACCCGCCCGUCCCGGUAGCCAGCCUGGCCGAGCACAUGCGCGCCCUGCGCGACGCCGGCGGAAUCUCGCAGGAGUACGAGAGCAUCGAGCCCGGGCAGACGUUCACGUGGGACCACUCGUCGCUGGAGGUGAACCGCGGCAAGAACCGGUACGCCAACGUGGUGGCGUACGACCACAGCCGCGUGGUGCUGAACGGCGACGAGCCGGGCGCCGACUACAUCAACGCCAACUUCUGCGACGGCUACCGGCAGCGCGACGCCUACGUCGCCACGCAGGGCCCCAUGCCCAACACGUUCGCCGACUUCUGGCGCAUGGUGUGGCAGCUGGGCGCCACGACCAUCGCCAUGGUGACCCGCUUGGAGGAGCGCACGCGCGUCAAGUGCCACCAGUACUGGCCCGAGCGCGGCUCCGAGCAGUAUGGCCAGUGCCAGGUCACGGCGGUGCUGCACCAGGAGCUGGCCCACUACACCCUCAGGACCUUCUCGAUCAGGCAGGAGGGCUGCCCGCCGCGGGAGGUGCGUCACCUGCAGUUCACGUCGUGGCCGGACCACGGCGUGCCCCCGUACCCCGGCCCCUUCCUGCUCUUCCUGCGCCGCCUGCGCGGGCUGCGGCUGCAGGGCUCGGCCGGGGUGCUGCCGCCGCUGGUGGUGCACUGCAGCGCGGGGGUGGGCCGCACCGGCUGCCUCAUCGUGGUGGACGCCAUGCUGGAGCGGAUGCUGCACGAGAACACGGUGGACGUGUACGGCCACGUCACCUGCCUGCGCUCGCAGCGGAACUACAUGGUGCAGACCGAGGAGCAGUACUCUUUCAUCCACGACGCGCUGCUGGAGGCGGUGCAGUGCGGCCACUCGGAGGUGCUGGCCAGGGACCUGCAGACCAAGCUGGAGGGCCUCGAGACCCCCGUGCACGGCCCGGACGGCACGCUGGUCACGCCCAUGGACCUCGAGUUCAAGCGCCUCAACGCCAUGCGGCUGCCGGACGCCACUUUCUCGUCGGCCUCGAUGGAGGCGAACCGGGGCAAGAACCGCCUCGCGCACGCCGUGCCGUACGACCACGCGCGCGUCAUCCUGAGCGGCAUGGGCGGCGAGCCCGGCGCCGACUACAUCAACGCCUCCUUCCUGGACGGCUACCGCUCCCGCAACGCCUACAUCGCGACGCAGGGCCCGCUGCCCAACACCGUGUCCCAGUUCUGGCGCAUGGUGUGGCAGCACAACGUGGCCAUCAUCGUGAUGCUCACCAAGCUCAAGGAGCAGGGCCAGGACAAGUGCACGCAGUACUGGCCGGCCGAGCGCGCGCUGCGCUACGGCGCCGUGCUGGUGGAGCCCCUGGCGGAGUACAACCUGCCCACGUACACGCUGCGCGAGUUCAAGGUGAGCGACGACGUCGAGUCCCGCACCAUCCGCCAGUUCCACCUGAGCGACUGGCCGGGCGACGCCCUCAUCGACUUCAUCGGCCAGGUGCACAAGACCAAGCAGCAGUUCGGCCAGGACGGCCCCAUCACCGUGCACUGCAGUGGCGGCGUGGGCCGCAGCGGCGUGUUCAUCGCGCUGGCCUUGCUGCUGGAGCGCAUGCAGUACGAGGGCAUGGUGGACGUCCUCGGCACCGUGCGCCUGCUGCGCUCGCAGCGCCCCUCCAUGGUCAGCACGCUGGAGCAAUACCACCUGCUGUACCAGUCUUCACUGCAGUACCUGGGCUCCUUCGACCACUACGGGUCGUGAAGGCGAACUCCACUCAUUUGAGAAAGGCGGAAAAGAAACUGAAAAAACUUGAUUGCCAAUGUGGAAAUGUUGCGUGCCGAGGGACGCGCGGCGUACGUUUAGUGGUUUAGUAAACCAAUUUUGUGAUGAUCGCUCCUCGGAGUAAACCUAAUGGUUGUGAGGACUGACAGCCAGCCUGCCGUGGCGUUGGCUGCUCUGGUGCCCUAUGGCGUAGUUUAAUACAUAUUCCCUGGCAGUGUGCGCCAGCCCUAACCCAGCAUGAUUAAACAUAUCAUAGUUUUAAGUACUUCAUCCUCUGCUACGUUUUUUGUCCCAGACCAUGUUGGUCUACCGCUGUUUCUUGUUCACAUGAAUGUGGCCCCCUCCCGAAAAGCUUUCGAUUGUGUCGAUAGAACUACUUGAUGGUUUGAAUGUUGUGAUUUCUUUUCGUUACGAAUUAUUGGACAAAGUCUUAAGCGAGUAAGUAGAUGUUUGGAAAUUCGGUGAAACGUUUUAAUUUGGACAACGCAUAUGUGGCCAGCAAUCAAUUGCCACUCGCUGUGUACCUGUGUUACGUAGAGUGAUUCAAAUCCUUUGCUGCCAUUUUAUUUAUUGUUACGAGUUGUGCCUAUUUUUGUAAGCCAUCAGGCAUACAAUUGUUUUGUACAUAGACUGUUCACAAAUGACUGAAUAAAUUGAAUGAAUGUUUUACUUUUUA